AUGAAUUGUGUUCAGGCCUCAAAUCUUUCCAUCCUUUGGAAUGGGAAUAGAUUGGACAGCUUCCAAUCUCGCAGAGGGCUUAGGCAAGGAGAUCCAAUUUCUCCGUAUUUAUUUGUUUUGUGCAUGGAGAGAUUGGCGUGCUUCAUUUCCAAACAAGUUGACGAGGGUAUUUGGGAUGGUGUGGCUAUUUCUAGAGGGGUACCUAGAGUUUCUCACUUGAUGUUUGCAGAUAACCUCCUCCUUUUUUGUAAAGCGAAGAAAAGUCAAGUUCAGAAUGUUGUGCACACCUUGGAGUUGUUCUGUAAAGCUUCAGGUAUGAAGGUUAACAUUGAAAAAUCUAAAACUAUUUGUUCUAGAAAUAUCUCUAAUAGAAGGAAGGAAAUGUUGUCUAGUGUUUCUCAUAUUCCUUUUACUAGUGACCUAGGCAAAUACUUGAGGGUGAACCUUAAUCAUCCUCGAGCUGCUAGAUCUAUUUUUUCGGACUCUUUAGAGAAGAUCAAGAAUAGGCUGGCUAGUUGGAAAGGUCGGCUCCUUAACAGAGCAGGCAGGCUUUGCUUAAUUAAAUCUGUUGCUUCUUCUCUUCCUAUUUAUCAGAUGCAAGUGACUCUUUUUCCUACUUCCGUUUGUCAAAAGAUUGAUUAUGUGCUUAGACAAUUCUUGUGGAAGGGAAAGGUGGGGGAGCGUUGCUUAAAUUUGGUCAAGUGGAGCAAAGUUGUCACUCCAAGAAAAUAUGGAGGCUUGGGAAUUAGAGAUACUCAAUGUGUAAAUUUUGCUUUACUCGGAAAGCUUGUUUGGCAAUUAUUGCAUAAUAAAGAUAAGCUUUGGUAUCAUGCUUGGCGACCAUGUGAGCUAGCUCCUUUGGUUCCUUUUGUGCACAUUUCUGAUUCUCACUUGAAGUUAGAAGAUGUCUGGCACCAUGGGCAUUGGCGGUGGGAUAUUCUUUGCACAAUGAUUCCGGAAGAAGUUAAACUUGAUUUGAUGCUCUUUGAUCCUAUCAAGCAGGCAGGAGAUAAAACAGGUUGGUUUUGGACAAACUCAAAUACUCUCACCUACUCGACUAAAAGCGGGUAUGAAUGGCUAUUGAAGAAGAAAUUUGGCUGGAAUGAUAAUGAAAAUUGGCUUUGGCUUUGGCGCUUGAGAUUACCGGAGAAGAUAAAGUGUCUGCUCUGGCUUUGCCUCAGCAACGGAGUUCCCACAGCUAGUUACCGGUUUCAAAGAGCGGCCUUUUGGUGGAUUUGGAGGGAUAGGAACAAUGACAUCUUCCACCAAGAUGAUCCAUGGAGUAAGGAGAAAAUUGUUCACUUAGUUAAACAUGCUGCUCGAGAUUUCUCUAAUGUUGUUAUCAACCAAAAACAUAUUAUUCCUUCUUCUUUGAAAUAUAACUGGGAACCACCUCCAAUUAAUGUCUGUAAAAUGAACUGCGAUGCAAGCAUUUUUGAAAAUGAGCAAUUAGCUGGCUUUGGAUGGCUUGUUAUGGCUUGGGAUUGCGAGUGCAAAGAGGUCAUAUGUGAAAUUGAUAACCUUGAUGCAUUUCUUCUUGUUUCGCGAGGCACAACCAGCAUGAUUAGGAAUGACUCUGAUCUGCUUGACAAAAUCAAAGAGAUGCUCCAGCGCAAUUGGACAGCUACUUUAGUGUUCAUCCAGCGAACAGCAAACAGAGCGGCUAAUUUAAUGGCUAAGACUGCUGUUUUAAACAAGCAGGUAGUCACUGCCCCCGGCGUCACUGCCGCCGACGUCGCUGCGGCGCUGCUGCGUUCUCCCCCAUCGCUGCUCCAUUCACCGCGUCUGUUCUGCGUUCCACUUCGCCGACGCCACUCCGUCAUCGUCUGUCGAGUCUCGCCUCUCCAGUUUAAAGCCGCUUCAGGCACCGCAACUCUUCAGUCUUCAGCCUCUCGAGUCUGUUCGUCCCUGCUGCCUGCUGGGCACCACACCGCUGCUGGCUGCUGCCUCCUGGAGUCUUGGUACAUUCACUGA